GUUUCAAAUUUCAAAAUGGAAUCAAUAAGAGUCAAAAAGUAAAUGUCUUUUCUUUUCUCCUUUUCAUAUCUGCUAUAGUAGAAGAAGCCAUUGACUCUCCAAGAACCGACGCAGGGGAGGAUUUUCGUGUUAGCUAUUUGGAAUCUUUCGAUUUUUUGAUCAAUCAUCAAUUUUUUUUUUUCAUUCUCUAAUGUCUGGACCAUCAUGGCUGGUGGAUGGUAAUAGAUUUGCAACAAAAAUUAAGAGUGCAUCUGAUCCUGAAAAGGUGAAAUGGGAGAGCAAUCCGUCUAAAGCUUGUCCGAAUUGCCAACAUGUUAUUGACAAUAGUGAUGUUACUCAAAAGUGGCCUGGAUUACCUAGAGGUGUGAAAUUUGAUCCAACUGAUCAAGAAAUUAUUUGGCAUUUACUUGCAAAAGUUGGUAUUGGAGGUUUAGAACCUCAUCCUUUCAUUGAUGAGUUCAUUCCAACUGUUUACAAUGAUGAUGGAAUCUGCUAUACCCAUCCUCAAAAUCUACCAGGUGUUAGGCAAGAUGGGAGCGUAUCUCAUUUCUUUCAUAGAGCAAUCAAGGCUUACAAUACUGGGACUCGAAAGCGCAGAAAGAUUCUGGGUGAUAAUUUAGGAGAUGUCCGCUGGCAUAAGACUGGUAGGACUAAAUCAGUAAUGGUGGAUGGAGUUCAAAAGGGGUGCAAGAAAAUAAUGGUUCUUUACAUGAGUUCAACAAGAGGAGGCAAAGCAGAGAAAACAAAUUGGGUGAUGCAUCAGUAUCACUUGGGCAUAGGUGAGGAUGAGAGGGAUGGGGAAUAUGUAGUUUCCAAGAUAUUUCAUCAGCAACAGCAGACAAACAAGGGUGAUAAAGCUGAAGAUGGCUUGUCUGAAAAUACUGAUAUGAUCGUAAAAGAAGAUCCAGUCACUCCCAAGUCUGUCACUCCUGAACCUCCUCGCAAUGAAAAGCGAUGUCUAGAUUCUGACUUUGGAAAAGCGAAUGUUGUUACUAAUAUUUCUGCGGAUCCUUUCACUCAGCAUCCUGAGAUGGAAUUUCUAGAAGUUCAGGUUCCACCUGAACAUGAAAACACCAACUCUGAUGACAAACUCAAGCCAGAAGAUCAUUCUGAUCAAAUGGUAGAUAAUAAUGAUAACAAUAUUGAGGAAGAUACAAAAUGGUGGGACAGUGAGUCGCAGAAUCUCUUUGAUUCACAACAGCUGGUGGAAGGGCUAUCUUUGUGUGACGAGCUCCUUCAAAGCCAAUCUCCUGACAGGUAUGGAGACGGGAACAGAGCAGGCAAUGGCAAACCCCGUCUUUCUGAUUAUUCCCAGUUAGGACCAGAGAAUUUAAAGAAGGAUCUAGAGGAAUGCCAAAAUCUUGUUCUUGAUCCAGCUAACAUAGAACUGGACACACCUCCUGAGUUCAGACUAAGUCAGCUUGAAUUUGGAUCGCAGGAAAGCUUUCUUUCAUGGGGUGGGGGUAAGAAGAUAUAGACCAAGUACUUUUGGAUGGCUUCAACAAUUGAAACAUGAUUUUGUGCACUUACUUUUUGGAUGCUUCGCCAGUUCAGUUGGGUUUUUGGAACUACAGAUGCAGGAUGAUUUGAUCUGUAAUCGGGUUGGUGUCGAAGUUAUGAUUCUUGCAACCGAAUAUUUAAUCAUGCUAAUGCUAAUGCCUGAGAAGUGAGAAUAGAUCAAGGAUACGGUCUGUUACUGUUUUGACUGAUCAUCUUGUACUAAUGUUCCACAGCUUAAAGGCUAAUGGAUUUUAUGUUGCAUAUAUUAGAAACUAAAGUAUUAUUAUGUUCUUACUAAUGGCUAUAAUGGAUUUAUUUUUUGUUUUUGAUGA